CGCCGGGGGAGGCUCUUUCCCGGCAAAGCCGCGGCUGCCGGGCCACUGGGCUGCCGGGUCCCGGCCGAUCGGCGUCGCCUGCGGCUGCUGCGGCGCCUUGCGCUCCUUCCCCGGCGCGCGAUGGAGGCGCUGCCUUCCCGGGACGAGAAGCGCAACCCUUUGCGCGGUGCCAACUUCUGCUCGCGGCUUUUCUUCUGGUGGCUGAAUCCUUUAUUUGUUACCGGUCAUAAAAGGAAACUAGAAGAGGAUGAUAUGUUUCAGGUACUCACCGAAGAUUCCUCUAAGGUGCUUGGGGAGGGGUUGCAGUGGUACUGGGACAGAGAAGUGCAAAAGGCAAAAAAGGAAGCGAGGAUGCCACAUUUAACAAAGGCAAUUAUACUUUGCUACUGGAAAUCUUAUCUACUUCUGGGAUUUUUCACGCUGAUUGAGGAAACGCUCAAAUUAAUCCAGCCUAUAUUUCUGGGAAUGAUUAUUGCUUAUUUUGAAAACAGUGGCUCGGAUGUUGCCUUGAAAUACGCCUAUGCCUCCGCAGCUGCCUUGUCCGUGUGUACGCUGGUUUUGGCCAUCUCUCACCACUUGUAUUUUUAUCACGUACAACGUGCCGGCAUGAAGCUUAGAGUGGCCAUGUGCCACAUGAUUUAUCGCAAGGCACUUCGUCUGAGCAAUGCAGCCAUGACAAAGACUACAACGGGCCAGAUUGUAAAUCUUCUAUCAAAUGAUGUGAAUAAAUUUGAUCAGGUGACUAUUUUUUUGCACUUCUUAUGGGCCGGACCCCUUCAAGCGAUAGCAGUAACGGCGCUUCUUUGGCUUGAAAUUGGCCCCUCCUGUCUUGCGGGAAUGGCUGUUUUAAUUAUUCUGCUUCCUCUGCAAAGCUGCAUCGGGAGGCUGUUCUCAUCGCUGAGGUAAAAGCAUUUGGCGUCUCGU